CGACAAAACAAAAGAUGGCGACGUUUUACAGCUUCUGACCAAGUAACCUGAUGGAUACGGACAAUCGUGAGGUCAUGUGAGCUUCAGGAGGCAGCUAAAGAAUUACAAAUAGCUGUGGAAAUCCAGGCUGGGAGAUGGCCAGUAGAAGAGCAUAUCCAGGCCAAGGAAGGACCACUGUGUGUCUCGCCCCUCCUGCAGUCAUCUCCACAGGCCCAUGUGUCCUCUCUCUGCUGGAAUGUUGGACAACACGCAUUUUGGCAGCUUCUCUUUAGCUUCUGUCACAGUUCUAAAGGCAAGGCACCAGAGGGUCAAAAUGCUACUUCAAAUAAUGGCCACGUCAUUACCAGCCUUGCUAACAUUAGCCACGGUUCUACUAUACGCGGCACGAUGUGAGGGAACCGUGGUAGAACUAAAAGCCGGAUCCCCACUAAGAUUUACGCACCACCUCUACAAUGCCACCAUUGAUGAGAACUCAGGCGCGGGUUCCUACGUGGAGACGCCGGUGAAGAUGGGCGUGGAGAUGGCGAAUGCAUUCUGGAAUAUAAAUUACGCAGUAGUCUCUGGGGAUGACGGCGGAUUUUACCAGGCUGAAGCUGUCAAAGUUGGAGAUUUUUGCUUCUUAAGAAUCAAAACUCAACAUGCGGCACUGCUGAACAGAGAAGUCCGAGACACCUACGCGCUGACCGUGGAGGCUACGGAGAGCACUCAGGAACUCCGAGCCAAGACCAAAGUCUUUAUCCAGAUCCUGGACACGAAUGACCUCAAGCCUCUUUUCGACCCGUCCUCGUACAGCGUGGCCAUCCAGGAAGACGCUCCGCUUCAGUUCAGUUUGGCCAGGGUGACUGCGGCGGAUGCCGACAUGGGCAGCAACGCCGAAUUUUAUUACUCCUUCACGGUCAGAUCCCAUCCGUUUGUGGUGGACCCAUUCAGCGGCAUCAUCAGCCUCUAUAAAAAACUCAACCACACCCAAAAGGAACGAUACGACCUUACUGUACUAGCUGAAGACAGAACCAAGAGGAUCUCCGGCGUUCAGAAAUAUGGCAAUGUUGCCAAGGUGAACGUGAAGGUCCAAAAAGCUGCCGUGGCAUCUCCGGUAAUUCAACCUGCUUCCGAGCCAUCGUUCUCUGCAGACGGCACGGUGAAGAUGAGUGUUCAUAUCAAGGCUGGCGUCAAGCCCAUCAAAUCUCUCCACAUCGUUGGAGGUGAUCCUCACAGGUACUUUGAGGUCAUCCCUGAGGGAUCCCAAGGAUGUGACUUCCAAGUAGUCUCUACCAAGAAGAUCAUCUGGUCACAAAUUCCGUUUGGUCUUAAUUUGUCCUUACAAGCGCGAGACUUCAGCACCCCUAGUUUGACGUCCCCCAUUACUAAGAUCCACAUUCCGGCUUUUCACUACCGCCCCAUCUCAUUCCUGGAGGACACAUACAUCUCCAUCCUCAGUGAGAUGUCUCCCCCGAAAACCUUUGUUGUAAAGGUUUCAGUUGAUUCCGACAAUGUGACGUAUAGUAUCAAAACAAAUCAAGACAGCUCUAAGUUCAAGAUAAAUCCCAAAAGUGGAGUCAUCGUCACCAGGGAGAAGUUUGACUACGAAAGUCAGAAUCGCUAUGAGUUCGACGUGCUGGCUAACGAAGGCGAGGCCGAGACUCACGUCGUUGUUGAGAUCGUGGACGAGAAUGACAACAGUCCGGAAUUCACACUGAGCUCCUACCAGGCCGCGGUAGAUGAAAACAGCCCUGUCGGAAGCAGUAUUGUCAAAAUAGAAGCGAAAGACAAGGAUUCGAGAAACAACGGUUUUGUAACUUACGCAAUUUCUAAUGCAGAAAUACUCCCGUUCGCAAUAGACCCUUUUACAGGUGUCAUCUCCACGAUGGAACACUUGGACUUUGAGCUAAUGAAGCGCUGGUACCACCUAAGAAUUUGGGCCUCGGACAGUGGAGAGCCCUUCAGUCGGGUCAGCGAAUGCACCGUGACAAUCACCCUUAACAAUGUCAAUGACAAUGUGCCUCUUUUCGAGAGGGUUGGCUGCAACGUCACCAUACCCCCGGAUCUGGUCGUCGGCCAUUCCGUGGUCGAGCUGUCGGCUAUAGACUUAGAUGAACUGCAGCAGCUGCGCUACGUCAUCGAGUCAGGCAAUGAUCUACAGGUAUUUACCAUCAAUUCGGCGUCAGGUAAAGUCACCUUGAGGCGCGCCAUCCCGCAAGGAGUGCAUUCAUUUGAUUUGAGAGUCCUGGCCACUGACGGCGAACACCACUCAGAGGCAUCAAUUGUCCGGGUGACAGUCACCAGCAAGGGCGAUGACCCAACGAUUAGCUGCCAGGAAACGUUCAUUUCUAAACAGCUCACCAACAAACUGAUCCAGUCAAUCAAACCUAUCUGGACUGCGGAAGAGGAAGACCCUUUCUCCUAUAGUCACAUAACAAAUAAACACUUCCCAAAAUUUGAUACCAGCAUUCCCGUUUCUCUGGAUGUUGCUGAGAACUACCCACUAAACUCCACUCUGGUCCGCUUGGGUGCGUCGGACCCUGAUACCGGCUUCAAUGGCAUUCUCACGUAUGCUAUUUCCGGAGGGGACGAGGAUGGCUGCUUCGUUAUCGACGUCUUCUCUGGUGACCUUCGUCUAGCUUGUCCGCUCGACCGAGAGAGUAAAGAGUUUUACAUUCUGAACAUCACCGUCUACGAUCUGGGAGCCCCGCAGAGGUCGGCGUGGAAGUUACUCGCAGUGAAUGUGCAAGACGUCAAUGACAACCCACCGCGUUUCGAUCAACCCAGACGCGUGAUCCACGUCAACGAGAACAUUGACGUCGAUUCGGUCAUUUUCACAGCCCUCGCAACCGAUCCCGACGCAGAUGCGAGCGGGGAAGUCAAGUACACUCUCUUGACGUCCGCCGACACGUUUCGGAUCGAUAAGGUGACAGGCGAGGUGGUGGUCAGGGCUCCUUUAGAUCGAGAAACCUCACCCAGGCAUGACCUCUUGAUUGAAGCCAGGGAUGAGUCUAAACGUUUUCCCCCAAUGUUCUCCACCCUCCACCUUGUUGUUGUGCUUCAGGAUGUCAAUGACAACCCUCCUAAAUUUCAAACAAUGGUCUACAGUGUCAAAGUUCCUGAGGAUGUACCGGUUGGAACCUUACUAGUAUGGGUGGAGAGCGUGGACUCCGAUCUGGGUGGUGGCGGCCUUGUCACCUACAACCUUAAGAACACAGAAAACAGGAAUUUUCACCUGGACUCCUCCACCGGCGCCUUAACUCUUGAAAGGGAGUUGGACUUUGAACGGCGCCCGUUCUACAACCUCACCAUUCGAGCUCUCGACCACGGUAAACCACGAUCCCUAUCGUCUUCCUGCUUUGUGGAGAUCCAGGUCUUGGAUGUCAACGAGAACCUCCACCGGCCGCUUUUCUCUGAGUUUGUGUAUGAAGCUGCGGUGAUGGAGGACGUAGCAGCAGGGACAGCAGUGCUUACUGUUACUGCCUCAGAUAAGGACGUGGGUGGAGAUGGCGUCAUCCGGUACCUUAUCCACGAUGGCACUGGUCUUGGAGUGUUCUCCAUUAAUGAGGAAACAGGUGUGAUACGGACCACUCGACCACUGGACCGGGAGAAGGUUACCCACUACUGGCUCUCAGUUGUAGCCACCGACCUUGGUACUGAACCCCGAACAUCAUGGACGCACGUCUACGUGGAAUUGCUGGACAUCAACGACAACCCUCCGGAGCUUUCCCAACCCGUAUACUUUGCCGCCGUCCCCGAGAACACGGACGCCAUCACGUCCGUCGUGCGGGUGGAGGCUUCGGAUGCUGACGUCUCAUCGACAGGGCUGCUUUCAUUCCACAUGGCGGAGUCACAACGGACGUACUUUGACGUUGAUCACAAGACAGGUGUCAUCAGCACAGUGGCAGAGUUGGAUCGUGAGGAUAAAGCAGAGCACACUGUCGAGGUCAUCGUGUCCGACAACGGCUUACCUUUGCUGCGCUCCACUGCAACCGUAGUGGUCCGCGUGCUGGACGACAACGACAACCGUCCCAAGUUCACAGACAAACUCUUCCAAGUCAAGCUUCCCGCCCAGCGUCAGCAAGACGGCCAAGUGGAAGUCUGCCGAAUGAUUGCCCAAGACGAAGACGAGGGACCCAACGCCGAUGUGACGUACAGGCUCCAAGACGACCACGAUGGCAGUUUCCAAAUCGACCCAUUGACCGGUUUGGUGACAUCGCUGGGAGACUUCUGGCCCGGGAAUUACACAAUACUCACGAUCAAAGCGACAGACUCAGGCAGCUCACCGUUGUGGUCCGCAGCCAGGCUGGACAUCGAGUGGGUGUCUCCCGAGCCCGCCUCUGCAGAGCCGAUCGCCUUUGAGGAACCCCACUUCACCUUCGCCGUUCUGGAAACAGAGCCCGUCACUCAUAUGGUGGGCAUCAUCAUGACAGAGAACUACGGACUGCGCUGGUUCCGCAUCAUAGCCGGUGAUGACGAAAAAGACUUUGACAUCCAGAAGAACUCUGGCACAAUCUCCAUUGCCCGCCGACUAGACGCCGCCCGCCGCUCCAACUACAAUCUGACCGUGCAGGUCACUGACGGACAUCAUAGCGCCACCGUGCAGGCCUACGUGCGCGUUCUGGACAUGAAUGAACAUCGGCCAGUCUUCCUCAAGACACUCUACGAGGUGAGGGUCCCCGAGGACACACCAGCAUGGAAGGACAUCCUGCACGUGGCGGCGCAUGAUGCUGAUGCCAACAGCAAGUUGGUCUUCUCCAUCCACAGCAGCCUCCACCCACUCAGCCACAAAUUUUUCCACCUGGAUCCUAAGAGCGGCAUCUUGGCCACCACCGACAAACUGGACUAUGAGACUAUCCCGCUGCACAUGCUUAUUAUCAUGGUGCGUGACCAGGAGAUCCCGGUAAAAAGAAACUUUGCUAAAGUGCUUGUGUACGUGGAGGACUGCAACGACCACGCACCUGCGUUCCUCAGCACGCGCUAUGAGGCCGUCGUAUCCAACGUGGCACCCGCUGGCUCUGAGGUGGUGCGCGUCAAGGCUCUAGAUGGCGAUGCAGGCAGCAACGCUGACAUUUCCUACUCCCUGCAUUCAGGUAACAUCAACAACAGCUUCUCUAUUGAUCAAAUCCUGGGCUCUAUAAGUGUGUCCAAGCCAUUGGACCUUCAGCAUCAGGACCCGUUUCACCUAACCGUGAAGGCCACCGACCAAGGCUUCCCACAGCGCAGCGACAUCUGCUCUGUCCACAUCCACAUCCGCGUCUCUGACCACACCCCGCCGGUCUUCGCCGAUGGAGAGUAUAUGGCGGAAGUAAGUGAGCGUAGCAGCUCAGGUACGCGCAUAGUCACCGUCUCUGCCUCUAGCCCUGCUGCGGUGCAUUAUGGGAUCGAAAGCGGCAACCGGCAAGGGAUUUUUCACAUUGACAGAUACACUGGGGUGAUCACGACACGAAAGCAACUGGAUUUUGAAACAUGCGCCUCCUACACUCUCAAUGUUUCGGCAUCUACCAGUUCUGGUGCCGUGUCUACGAGGGCAGUUUAUAUCUACGUAAUGGACGAGAAUGACAACACCCCAGUUUUUACUCAGGCGCAGUACAAGGGGUGGAUAAGUGAGGUGGCGCAUGUCAAUAGCCUGGUAAUGUCAGAAGAAAAUUUGCCUUUGGUUGUCCAAGCUUUAGAUGCAGACCAAGACACAAAUGCACUGCUUGUCUAUGAGAUCCUGGAAGUAGAAGCCAGGAAGGUGUUCAGAAUUGACACAGACACAGGUGCCAUCUUGCUAGCAGCACCGCUGGACUUUGAAAGCGUGGCAGAGUUCUGCUUCAGUGUGCAAGUGAAGGACUCGGGGGAACCGUCGCUGUACGCGGCCCAACCUGUCAGGAUCACUGUGCGCAUCCUGGAUGUGAACGACUAUCAACCGCAGUUCACUGCCACCACAUACGAGACGUCUGUCAUCUUCCCACCGGUCCAAGGCACAGAGGUUACGACAGUGACGGCCCGCGACAUCGACUCGGCGGUCUCGUACAGCAUCGUCGAAGGGAAUCUCCACCGUACCUUUUCCAUUCAUCCCACCACUGGAGUCAUCACCGUGAGCAACAUGUUAGAGUUUAAGCCGUUUUACCAGCUGGUAGUUGGCGCUUCAGAUGGCCUUCACGGAGACUCGGCUAUCGUAAGGGUGAACAUGACAAAUGUCACAGAAAGCGGUCUAAGUUUUCAGCAAAAAACAUAUUCGGUAAGCGUUUCGGAAAACCUGAACAGUGUGAAAAAAUUAGCGGCUCUCAAAUCAACGGGAUGUUACCUAAAUGAGCCUCUUUUGUACUCGCUCUUGAAUCCAAUGGGGAGAUUUGCAAUUUCCCGGACAUCCGGUGUUAUGGAAACCACGGGUGUAGCGUUUGACCGAGAGGACACAGACGCCUACGACGUGGUGGUGAUGCUACAAGACACUAGAAAUCCGCCAAGGACAGCCACUACGCUGGUCAAAAUCUUUGUAGAUGACGUCAACGACAAUCCGCCUCUGUUCCUCAACCUGCCUUUCUCAAUGACAGUAUCUGAAGAUGCAGAACCGGGAGACGUGCUGUACCAGGUGACAGCCAAGGACAGAGACCUAGGUGAAAACGGAUCCGUUGUAUAUUCUCUGGAGGACGAUUACGACUUCUUCAGGAUCGAUUCAGACCUAGGUGACAUCUCCCUUCAGAGGCCUUUUGAUUUCGAUGCUCUAAGCAAGUAUGUUUUGAACGUCCUAGCGUCGGACGAGGGUGACCCCGGUCACGUGACCGAGGCACAGCUCACUAUUCAAGUCAGAAAUCGAACUAACCCAGUUUUUCAAACUCUUUUGUACCCUCUUAAAGUCCCUGAAAAUGUACCGCCCUUUACCACAAUCUUGCACGUGCAGGCCAGAAAUCCUGAAGGCUAUCGGCUGAUAUACAAUUUAGUGGAAGAAAACGCAUCCAAGCACUUUCACAUGGACUUUAAAACGGGUGCGUUGACAGUCACUAAUCCGCUGGAUUACGAGAGCCAGACCCUCCACGUGCUGACUGUGCGAGCCACCGAUUCUGUGAGCGGAGCCUUUUCCGAGGCGUCUAUAGAAGUGGAAGUAGAAGACGUGAACGAUAACGCCCCCUUUUUCUCGCAACAGAAGUACACUGCCAGUAUAGCGGAAGGGCUUCCCGUCGGCUCUUCAGUUCUGCAGCUGUCCGCCUUUGAUUUGGACUCUGACAGGAAUAAAGAUCUGACGUUUCACAUGGUGAGGACAGAGGGCAACGAAAGCGUUUUCUUUGACGUGGACCAUCAGAGCGGAUUAAUAAUCACAAAGCAGGUCCUGGACCAUGAAAUGACUCCACACUUCCAGUUGAAAAUUCAAGCAGUUGACAAUGGAAGCGUCGCGCUCAGUGGUGAGGCUCUCGUCCUGGUGAAUGUCACAGAUGUCAACGACAAUCCCCCAAAUUUUGUGAAGUCAAAUUUCCAAGCCUCACUAGACGAGUCGGCAAAGUGCGGCCACAUUGUCAUCAAGAUUCAGGCAUCCGAUCCUGACGCCGUAGACGCCCAGCGCCUCAAGUACAAAAUCCUUUCGGGCAACGAUGGCCGCUAUUUCAAUAUCAACGAAACCUCUGGGAUCAUAUCAUUCGCCAAUAUCUGCAAGAGGAACCUAGAUCCAAACUAUAACCUAACGGUAGCAGUGUCGGACGGCGUGUUCCAGAAGAGCGUGCCGGUCAACAUCGACAUGAUUAACAGCAACAGACACAGUCCGUACUUCCGUCAGAGCACUUAUGAGGCAGAACUUAAUGAGAAUGCUGAGGUGGGCACCCGCGUGAUCCGGCUGGCCGCAAUUGACCCUGACGAUGGGCUGUACGGCAGCGUGGACUACACCAUCAUCAACAAGCUGGCAGAUGAGAAGUUUGCUAUCGAUGCUAAUGGGCAGAUCGUCACCACGAAACCACUGGAUAGAGAAAACCCUGACCAAAGGGUCAUUGCCAUCAAAGUGAUGGCAAAAGAUGGUGGCGGUAAAGUGGCCUUUUGCACGGUGAAAAUAAUCCUCGCAGACGACAACGACAACAUCCCGCAGUUCAAAGCUUCCGAGUACCACGUUGCCAUUCAGUCCACCGUCAACAAAGGCUCCCCUGUUAUUCAAAUCGUGGCAUACGACGCGGACGACGGCAAAAACGCAGACAUAACUUACACCGUGGAUGAAGCGGAAGGAGCGACGGAGGACGUCAUCGAGAUCAAUCCAUUCACCGGUGUGGUCACCGUCAAGGAAAGCCUACUCGGAUUGGAGAACAAGAUCUUCAAUUUCAAGGUGAAGGCCCGUGACGGCAGCUUACCGUUCUACAACUCCACUGUCCCAGUACAAGUCAAAGUUCUCCCACCUGAGAUUCCCCUUCCAAAGUUUGUAGAGCCUCUCUACAGCUUCUCCACCGCAGAGGACACCCCCGUCGGCACGGAGAUCGGUUCGGUGAAAGCCGACUCAAACGUGCCGCUUAUUUACAGCCUGGUCAACGGGAACACGGUGGAGAGCAACAGAGAUAAAGUAUUCAGUUUGGAUAAAGAAAGUGGGACCUUGUUGUUGGAGAAGACGGUAGACCACGAGAGUACCAAGUGGUACCAUGUCGACGUGCUGGCUCAGGGCAACCAUAAUGGCACCGACGUGGCCUCGCUGGUCUCGGUCAGCAUCCAGGUACGGGACGUCAACGACAACCGGCCGUUGUUUGACGCCGACCCAUACAGGGCUUAUUUGGCGGAGAACAUGCCCGCAGGAACCACUGUCAUUCAAGUGACCGCAAACGACCCGGAUACAGACACCAACGGUCUUGUCACGUAUAGCUUGGAGUCGCUAAGUGACGACGAUGCCAACGUCACUGACUUGUUCUCCAUCGACGGCGAUACCGGCUGGAUUGUGACGGUGCGCGAGGCCGACUGCGAGGCGUCCAGACUGCAUCGCUUCCACGUGCUGGCCACCGACCACGGGGGUGACUCCAAGCUGUCGUCCAGCGUCCUGGUAGAGGUGACGGUGACCGACGAGAACGACAGCCCGCCGACGUUCUCCGAAAAAGCCUAUCGCGGCUCGACGGCGGAGAACAGCCGACCCGGCGAGGUCAUUGUCUCCAUGACGACCAGCGAUGCAGAUGUGUCUCUGGAGAACCGCUUGGUGACCUGUUACAUCACAGAUGGAGACCCGCUGGGUCAGUUUGCUGUGAUCCAUCGUGACGAGGGUGAGUGGGGUUUGAUAGCCAAAGAGCCGCUGGACCGUGAGGCCAAUGCCGCCUACUCGCUCACCAUCACAGCCACGGACGGAAAGUUCCAGACUCCGGUCAGGGUGCACGUGGACGUGCUGGACCACAACGACAACGCGCCACAGUGUCAACAGCUGCUUUAUUCAGAGGAUGUGAUGGAGAAUUCGCCAUCCGGCACAUUUGUGUUGAAGGUGUCUGCAUCGGAUGCUGAUGAAGGCCCAAAUGCCCUGAUCUCCUUUAGCCUGCACGGUCCCGACGCAGACCAGUUCCAUCUGGACUCUGUGACCGGCGAACUGUUCACCUUGGCCGCGCUGGACCGGGAGUUAACGUCAGAGUACGUGAUGAUUGUCCGCGCCACUGACGGUGGCAGCAGGUCCUGCCAGGCGAACGUCUUGCUAAGAGUGCUGGACAUGAACGACAACGCUCCAGUCUUUUCGUCCAGCCAUUAUCACAUCAGUGUGUAUGACAACACUAGCAGGACCACUCCAGUCGCUGCCGUCUACGCACAUGAUACAGAUGCAGGGCUAAACUCAGAGGUGCGCUAUUCCCUGCUAGCAGGCAACAGUGGGUACUUCUCCUUGGACGAGUAUUCCGGAGUCCUGCGUUUAGAGCGAGUACUAGGGCCCGACUCGCCUUCGCACUUUGAGCUGAAGGUCAAAGCGUCAGAUGGCGGCCUGCCUCGCCCACUCCACUCAGUUGCCGAGCUUACGGUCGACGUGGUUUCCCUGAAUGACUACCGGCCCAUCUUCCCCCGCACGGAGUAUGCCGCCCGAGUCCCGGAGUCGCUGCCCUUAGGCUCCCGGGUGCUCAGUGUCUCAGCCCUCGACACGGACCCCUCGGUGGUGUAUCGCAUCGCGUCCGGGAAUGAGGACGGUCACUUCUUAUUGGACCCCAAAACAGGUGUGCUCACCCUGGCUGCCCCGCUGGACUUUGAAGUGUCCCGGGAGCUCUACCUGUCGGUGGAGGGCAGCCGGGGCACGUCAUCAUUGGCUGACGUCACCAUCGUGGUGGUCAACGUGAGCGACGUCAAUGACAACGCUCCCAUCUUUGGCCGCGGUGACUACAGCACUGAGAUAUCAGAAGAGCGAGCCCCGGGAAGCCUGGUGAUCAAGGUGACGGCUACCGACCGUGACGGUCCACCUAGCAACAACCUUCUGCGUUACUCCAUUGUGAGCGGGGACCCUCUGCGCCAGUUCGCCAUUGACCCCCGAAGUGGCGAGAUCAGCGUCUGUGCCGGGUUAGACCGGGAAGAGCGUCCUCAUUACUCACUGACGGUGCAGGCAGCAGACGAAGGCGAUCCACCGCUUUCGUCAGCCGUCCUCGUCACCAUCACCGUCGCUGACGCCAACGAUAACCCGCCGCUUUUCUCUCAAGUCCAGCACAAUCUUCUAUUACAGGAGGGCGAGGCCGUAGGCAGUGGUGUCUUACAGCUGCUGGUGACUGACAAGGACACGCCCCAAAAUGGACCGCCCUUCUCUUUUCACAUCGUCAGCGGAAACGAGGAUCGGCGCUUCCACGUGGACCAGGGCGGCCUGUUGUCGCUAUCGGCCCCACUCAGGAGGGCGAGCCGGGCACAGCACACCCUCAAGAUUCAGGUGACGGACAGUGGGCAUCCUCCACUUUCGUCCAUCUGCGUGGUCACUAUCAACGUCACCGAGCAAAGCAAGUACCCACCUUCUGUUGUCCCUUUGGAGGUCUUCAUCACCUCCCCUGGGAAGCUCUUCGCCAACCGUCUAAUCGGCCGGCUACACGCCUCUGACCAAGACCCGCAGGAUGUCCUGUCCUACGUGUUAGUCACCCAGCACCCUGCCGGGCGCCACUUUUCCGUGGAUCAGAUUGACGGUAAAAUCUGGGCAGUGGAAAACCUGGAGGAGGGUUCCUACGCACUCAACGUCAGUGUGACGGAUGGUAGAUUUAGUACUUGGACAGCGGUGAAAGUCCACGUGUGGACUGCCAAGCAGAGCGUGCUGGACUCGGGAUUGACCCUACAGCUGGGCGGGAUUACCCCGGAGGAGUUCCUGGCCGAUCAUUGGCGAGGCCUCCAGCGCAGCUUGGCGCAAGCGCUGAGUUUACCCCGGCAAGAGUUGCAUCUGGUUAGCCUGCAAAUGUUAACCGAUGCCUCGACUCUGGAGGUUCUGCUGGUCUGGAGGCCUCAGACUGGACUUGUCCGGCCGUUGCCGACCAAGAGACUAGCAGGCAUCCUUUCGGAUAUCGAGGAUUCUCAGGGCCUGGAUGUCGUUAAGUUGACACACAACGGCUGUCUUGGCACCGGUUGUCCGCCACGGGGCUGCAGCAACGCCGUCCACCUGCCAGGAGACACCAUGAGCCACUUCACCACCGCCAGACUGGCAUACAUCACACCACGACACCGCUGGGAGAGCGUAUGUCCCUGUAACGAGUCAGCGUUGAGGUUCAGAGACGAGUCCUACCUCAAGUACGUCCACGGCUUUGACGAGGACCAACAGGACUUGACCAUAUCCCUAAGCUUCAGGACCUUCCAACAAGACGGUCUCCUUUUGUUGGCCAACGGCACCGAUUGGGGUAUUUUGCAGGUGAAGGACGGUCGUCUUCAUUUUGCCUUCAGCUGUGGAAUCCAGCCUUCCUCACAGCUGACUCUGGCCUCCAACCCUGUAUCGGAAGGGCGCUGGCACCACGUCUUUCUGGAAAUCAGCUCUAUGUCCUUAAGGCUCACCUUGGACAACCGGCCACCAGCCUCCGCUGAUUUGAGGUCACCGUGCCGCCUGAUGCGCGCCGGCGUGGCACUGCUCUUCGCCGGACGCCGGUUUCGGGGCUGUCUGGACAAUCUGGAGCUCAAUGGGGAGCAAAUCCGGUCUGGGGAUGCGUCUGCGUGGACGGGUUUCGGCAGGAGGAGGGUGUUCGGGGUCUACGAGUGCUGCGGAAAAGGCGGACCCUGCGACGACAACCCUUGCCAGAAUGGAGGAACCUGCCACGAGAACGCCAACGGAGAGUUGCACUGCAGGUGCUCGGGCCUGUUCCACGGCGCUCGCUGCGAGAGGGAAAACAACCCAUGCGCCUCCCAGCCGUGCACCCGAGGCCUUGUUUGCGUGCCCAAGGAGCAAGGAUACGUGUGCAACUGCUCUACCGAACAUGACGAUGCACGGUGUCAGAACAGUGUGGACGUGUGCUCUCCAAAUCCGUGUCCUGGCGGUUACCUAUGCCAAGUUUCCUCCAGAUCCUUCCACUGCGAUCCUCUACCACAGGUCUCUGCGGGAUUGGGCUACAUGGAAGUGAUAGAGAUCGGCGCCAGCGCGCUGGGCCUUCUGCUGCUGGUGGGCGUCUUCGUUUGCGUACGCAAGCGCUACAUCCGACAAAAGAAGAACAAGAAGGCCAAGAACAACUCCGACAGUUCCAUGUCAUCCAAGAGCCCGAAAGCUUGCGAUCAAGAAGUAGAGCUCAGCCACAUGACGUCCACUGCCAACGACCUUGACCACUCGCCCUUCCGCUCGCUGCGUCCCCGCAGCCAAGCGUGCGCCGAUAAGUCGCAUGGUCCGGCGGUCUGCAGCGUGGCCCCCAACCUGCCCGUCAGGCCCCCGUCUAGCUCUGACAACGACUCGGUCAAGAAGACCCACUGGGACCUCGACUAUGAAGUUUAUCCUGCCGAUCCGGAUUACUUUGGCCGUCCGGUAGCCACGGCGCAGGAGUUCCCUCAGUUUGACAUCGUGGAAGACGUCUAUUCAUCGUCCGCCGCUUCGGACUCGCGACGCAACUCUCGAUUCGGCGGCUUCCCGUUCCCCCUGGAGCGUUCGGACCGCCGGGCCCCGCUACCGCCUUGCUACGGAAACCGGGACCUGAAUCGCUUCCUGGACACAGACGGCGUCCCGCUUCCACGAUCGCAAUGUCCAGAAGCGUACACGGUUACCAGCUACCAACCGGGUAAGCGCUCGGACGGCGACGCGGCAGGCUACAAGCGGCUCAGCGUGGCAGGGUCGUCCCGCGCCGACGUCGCCCAACCGCAGACGCGAUCCGGCACGAGCGACCGGCGCAACUACGACGGCGGCAGCUUGGUGGAGAGCGACUACGGAAGCUGCGAGGAAGUCAUGUUUUAACAAGGCUUUGUACGCCGCCACGACAGACGUUCUAACGACGUCACGGCAGCUCCACUGGACGUGUUUUGUUUUGAAACAACCUUUAUUUCUUCAAAUCUUCCAGGCGGCAAAUCCAAUCCUGAGCUUAGCUUGAAACGCAAAGAAAUGUGGAGAUUCAGGAAGCUCGAAUCAACAGGACACAAACAAAAUAAAACUGGCAGGCAUUGGAAACUCUGAAAGUUGACUGGAAAAUGAAAGUUGACAGGUUUUAAUGCACAGAAAUUGGGCAUUAAGCGGAAGUGGAAAAGCAAGACUCUUGACAGAGAGUGGACUUACAAAAGUUUAAAGACGGUUAUUCACCCGAUUUAACCCUAAAUAUAUGGCGUUGUCGACGAAUGGGGAACCCUUAGGCUGCGUUCAGACUGCAGGCAUAUCUGAUUCCAAUCUGUUUCGUCCUCAAAUCUGAUUUUUAGGGCUGGCUGCUCACAUUUUUUUUGCAAGUCUCCAUAUCAGAAUUGGGCCUGUUCAGACAUUGGCCACUAUCUACAAGGUAGGGAACUAGGGUUGUUCCGAUCAUGUGUUUUUUGCUCCCGAUCCGAUCCCGAUCGUUUUAGUUUGAGUAUCUGCCGAUCCCGAUAUUUCCCGAUCCGAUUGCUUUUUUUUUGCUCCUGAUUCAAUUCCAAUCAUUCCCGAUAAUUUUUCCCGAUCAUAUACAUUUUGGCAAUGCAUUAAGAAAAAAAUGAAUAAAACUCGGACGAAUAUAUACAUUCAACAUACAGUGCAUAAGUACUGUAUUUGUUUAUUAUGAAAUUAAAUCCUCAAGAUGGCAUUUACAUUAUUAACAUUCUUUCUGUGGGAGGGAUCCACGGAUAGAAAGACUUGUAAUUCUUAAAGGAUAAAUGUGACUUUGUAUAUUGUGACUAAAUAUUGCCAUCUAGUGUAUUUGUUGAGCUUUCAGUAAAUGAUACUGCAGCCAUUCAACCCAAAUGCAUGAUGGGAAGUGGAACCAUGACUCUGCGUAGUGCUACCAAUUGACAUAUCUUCUCUGCGUUGGGAAAUAACAUAAGGUUUUAAGAAAAAAAUUAAUUGCUACCUUGCUUCCCCACAUUGCUUCCCAUGAUAUUUCUAAUUGUUGGGAGAGGGAUUGUAAGGCUUUAGCCUAUUAAAAAAAAAGGCUCCAAAGGCUGCCAAAAUUCACUACUCAUUUUACGCUGCCUUUUAGCUCUCUAAAUGGGUAAAACGGCACCAUUACAGAUUGAGCGUGACAAUGCAUGAGUGGGUCGUGCAACGCAUGCAUUAAUUGCGUUAAAUAUUUAACGUGAUACAUUUUUUAAAAAUUAAUUACUGUUAUCGGGAUAAAUUUGAUAACCCUACCUUAAACCUAAACUAAAGACUCUGGAUGAGUGUAACAUAUUAUGUCUGUAACGUUAAAUACAAUUAGAAAAGGAUUUAAUUAAAAAAUAUAUGUAUAUUAAAAAAAGGCAUGGCCGAUAUUUUUUUGCCGAUUCCGAUACUUUGAAAAUAACAUGAUCGGACCCGAUCGAUCGGGACGCCAAUCGAUCGGGACAUCUCUAUAGGGAACUGUAUGGUUAUGUGUGUAUAUACACACACACGUACUGUAGGUAUAUGGCGGAAAACACAGACAAGACUGAAAAUGCAGUUUCUGCUCUUGCACCCCUCUUUAAAAUAAACUGCUGUAUUUUAAACCAAAAGAACUGUUGUGUUUGAGAGAACAAUAUGUCUAUAUGCUGCCUUAGCAGAUUCAUGGCGCACUAAGCCUCCGAACUAUUUUUAAAUUGAUCCGUUUUACCCUGAAAACACCCGUUUACAGACGUCGCACAACUGCUUUUGUUUCAUCUUAGCCAUAAAAAGAAGUAAUUAUUAUUCAAAAUAUCUGUCAUUUUUAGCUUAGAAUCAUUAAUUGAUGUUUAAUAUAUUUUUAAUAUUUUAAAAAAAAGGCAUUCAAAAAAGAUUAUUCACUCGCAUAUUUUAAACUUGUAACAAAUUACGUCACAAUGAAAAAAAUUGUCUCUGGAAAAAAGUCACAGAUAUCUACCUCAUAACUAUGGCUGAAUUUAAUUUUUUUUUGUAACUGUCGCAUUUUCUCCAAUAUUUUAGAUGAUAAAGAUAACAAAGAUAAAGAUCCAAACAAAGAAAAAUUGGGAAAAAAACGUUUAAAAGGGUAAAUAUAUGAAAAUGAAUAUCUCGACCACUCCUUGAUGUCUGCGAUUUCUGCAUCGCUACCCUUGUUAUUUUACCCUGUUUCACUCAGAAAAUCCCCCCAAAAAUCCCUUUUUCAUCAUUCACAGCUGUGUCUUGACACUUGGUGAUAAAUGCUACAUGGAUUUUUUGGAUCGAAAAGAGGUCAGUACGCGAAAAUAUCCCGUUAAAAUCAUGGCGUCUAUAAUUAUUCUCUUAUCUCAUGCUCUCACAUCCAGUUAGGGUUUUGCUGUUUAAUUUUUUUUUUUAAAUGUCCUCCUGUUCAAAAAUGUUCAUCCCCCAAAAAUUGAGAUUUUAAGCUUUCCAAUGAUGUAUCACACAUGCAUAUUGGACAGUUUUGAAAUUUGGCCAAAUUGGGGGUCUCAGAGCGGAACUUUAAGUCACCUUAGUGUUUUCCGCCAUAUGUAUGUAUAUAUAUACGCCCACAUGUAUGUGUACAUACAGUGUAUGUAUAUAUACAUGAAUGUAUGUGUAAAUAUAUACAUGUAUAUGUAUAUGAAUGUGUAUAUUUACAUGUAUAUGUAGGCGUGUAUAUUCAUAUGUAUAUGUCUAUAUGAAGGUGUGUAUAUACGUAUUUACUGUGUAUAUAUACAUACAGUAUGUAUGUACAGUAUAGAGUGGGGAGAACAAGUAUUUGAUACACUGCCAAUGGGUCUGUAUACGUAUAUAUACAUAUAUAUAUACACACACACACACACACAUAUAUAUACACAUAUACAUACGUAUAUAUACAUACAUACAUACAUAUGUAUACAUACCUAUCUUACACUCCUGAAACAUGCUUUGCAGAAAAAAUGUCCAGCGCCAGAAUUUUUUUUUUUUUUAAAUACAACUAAAAUAGCUCCAUUUAUCACAUUGUAUAAUUUUAAUUUUCAAGUCUAUUCCCUGUCUUGAUUUCAAUAUGUUGUCAGACUUGGACCUUUAAGCUAUUGGUGUAAGUGACUAGCGCCAUCUAGUGCUAAAGUUGAUAAGUGCAACAGAAUGUAGGCUUAAUUUAAGCUGAUUGUGCAGACCAUAUUGAAAUAGUGUAUAUGAUAUUUUCAUCAUUUGCUGCGGGCCAAUAAAAAAGUAGUUGGUUAAAGGUGAAAUGUUGCCUUUAGCUUUUGCAAUGCCAAUCUCAUAAAUUUGUGUUGAAAAAGUAUACUAUGUGGCCUUUAAAUUUAUCGGGUUUUGAAACUAAAAGGAUGUGUCAUCUGGCAAUUAACACUUUUAAUAGUUGAAAUGUACAUGAGGUUAGAUGCUGACAGGAAAUAAACACUGAUGGAAUGUGAAAAAUGACUGAAAGUGGAGAAUUUGGAGGGACAAUUUCACAGAAAGUACACACUGAACGACAAGAAAUAUAAUGUUUUGACCUAAAUAAUGUUGUUGCCAUGGCAACCGGCUCAUUGUUACGCCCGUCCAUGAUGUCCUCAGCAUUUCAGGAUAGAAGCUGGAUCUUCUGGAAACAAAAUGGAUGUUGCACAGUUUCACGAAUGAAGUGUUAUAAGUUGAACUGACUCCAUUACAGUUAAAAUGACUGCUUUUACUUCGAAAAGAUUUAAAAUAAACCAUAAUGGAUAAAGCAUUUCCCACUCCUAUGAGCUAGGCUAACUUAGUAAAUAAAAGUUGUUGUGUUUUUUUUUUUUUUUUAACAUUUUGAAAUCCCGAAUACACCUGGUCACAUUUUUUUUAAAAAUGAACACAACAGGAGUGUGAUAUGCAGUCAGAUUUUCAAAAUAAGAGCCUCAAUCCCAACAAUGGUGUCUUCUAUUAGACUGACAGACUCUGAAAAGGCUCAUUCUUUUAUUUUGAAAUCCCGAUUUUUUUUUUUCAGAGGAGCAUCAAGGUGUCAACUAAACUCGUUAGUGUUAUUGUUGUCGUUUCACAAUAUGUGAUUAGAUUUCUGGAUUUCAAAACAAAAGCACAUUUUUCGCCCCUAUAUCAGCACUUUUUGUGACGAUGUGAAGUGUUGUUUUGUGUAGAUAAGUGUAUUGUAGUUGUAUUUUUGUGGUGAAUGUUUAUGUUCCAAUCAAAUGUAAGAAAGUUUAUUUUUUUAAUGUUUUUUCACAGUGAGAUUUUUUUACAAUGCCAUCUUUGAUGUAUACAACAAAUACGACUAUUAAAAUAAAGAUGU